AUGGGACUUGGGCUGAGCAUCGCCGGAGCACCAGUGGCAGUGACCGUUGCAGCCGUUGCACCGUUGCGGUCAGCCAGCUGCGCAAGUCCUCCACGCGUUUUUUCGCGCCAGGUUUCUACCUCGUUCACAUUCAAGGGCUCUCAACUUCCACUGCUGUGUGCAGGAGUAGCUUCACUGCGGGGACUUUGCGGUGGCGGAGAAAAGCGCCGUCCCGCCCGUCGCUGUAUUGCACGGCGCUGCAAUGCAGUGGCCGUUUUGGAGGUGAGCCCAGAUGAGGCGCAGAAGUUGGUGCCCGGUCUACGGUUCUUUCCGGACUUCCUCAGCGAAGAAGAAGGAGAGGCUUUAGCAUCCUACCUGGAUCACAGCCCGCCGGCGUGGCGGAAGGAACAGUUCGGAGUGCCCACUUUGUACAACGUGAAACACUUCGGGGUGCUGGGAUCAUUGAGGCCUCGAAUGGUGCGCUUGCCAGAUCCAUCCAAGGGGGAAGUCGACCUGCCUGAGGAUGGAAUUUUGGGGGAGGUGGCGACGAGGUUGGGAAAGAAAGGAAAGCCCUGGAGCAGCUGCCUAAAGUCCUUCAAACCCAAUGAGGCCAAUGUCAACGACUACCGAAGAUCGGAAUCUUCCCAGCUGCUGAUGCAUUGGGACGACCGUGGUUUGUACGAGGAGGCUGUGUGUUCCGUCAGCGUUUUGGGCGAGUGCAUCAUGACCUUCCAACCCACUGGCCGUUCCAACUUCAGAUCUUCUGAAGGCGACGCUGAAGCGGAAGGUGGUCGAGCGGUACGCCUGGUGGUGCCUGCGCGGUCGCUGCUGCUGCUGAAGGGCGCGGCCAGAUAUGAGUGGCAGCAUGGCAUUCCUGGCGCAGACGAUCUCCUCACGGAACGUCGUGUGGCCAUCAUCUUUCGUCGGGUCCGUGGGGUCCCUGUGCCCAGCGCUGGUUUGAGCGAGGGCAAACCAAGUAGACCUGCCAUUCCGCAGCGUGCCAUGGUGAUCAGCACCAACUGGCCGGACCCCGACGUCUCUGCUGCGGGCCGCGUGACUUCUCUGCGCCUGCAGAUGCUGCGCGGAUGGCUGGGUGAUGAGGCUGCUCUGACCUUCGCCUCCCCCGCGCGACCUGGAAAUUCACAGGGAAAGCUGUCAGAAACCCACGAUCUGACGUGUAUUCGCAUCAAGACCAACGACCACUCCUCGGUGCUGUCGGCCUUGGAGGCAGCCGGGAAUCCCGAGCUGGUGAUUUUCGAUGGCUUCAACGCUGAAGAGAGGUUCGGCCACUAUGUGCGUGAAGCACUGCCAAACAGCAUGCGGGUCUUGGACAUGCAAGACUUCCACGCCUUGCGCUUAGGUCGUGAACGUCUUAUUGCUGCUGGCGCCGCUGACGUGGCCACCUUCCUCCCAUCAGCGGAGGACGAAGACCUGCAACGGGAGCUGGCGGCGCUGCAGCGCUGCGACGCGAUUUUGGCGAUCUCGCGGCACGAGGAACGGCUGCUGGUGGAGACAUGGACUUCCGCGGUGGAAGGUCUGUGCGGCGCCCUUCGGCUUUCGUGGAAACGCUGA